UGCUUCCGUUUCCGGGUCCCGGGGAGCAGUGAGUGAGGUCGGGAGCAGCGGCGGCCUCCUCCGGGUGCCAUGGCGGAGCUGGUGCAAGGACAGAGCGCGGCUCCAGUAGGGAUAAAGGCCGAGGGAUUCGCCGACGCGCUGCACCGGGUCCGACAGAUAGCUGCUAAAAUUGACGGAAUCCCACACUUGAAUAAUUCUGGACCCUUAGUGGACACAUCUUUGUACGGUUAUGGAGUUCAGAAGAGACCCCUCGAUGAUCCCGUUGGUAACCAGUUAGGGGCCCUCGUACAUCAAAGGGCUGUAAUGACCGAAGAAUAUAAAGUGCCUGACAAGAUGGUGGGAUUCAUUAUAGGACGAGGUGGAGAACAGAUCUCACGGAUCCAGACAGAAUCUGGUUGCAAGAUACAGAUAGCUCCAGACAGCGGAGGCAUGCCAGAGAGACCUUGUGUCCUGACUGGGACACCGGAAAGCAUAGAACAGGCGAAACGGCUCCUGGGCCAGAUUGUGGACCGUUGUCGGAAUGGGCCAGGGUUCCACAAUGACAUGGACGGCAACAGCACAGUCCAGGAGAUCCUCAUCCCUGCUUCAAAAGUGGGCCUGGUCAUUGGCAAAGGCGGAGAAACCAUUAAACAGCUGCAGGAGAGGACUGGGGUUAAAAUGAUCAUGAUCCAAGAUGGUCCUUUACCAACUGGAGCAGACAAGCCUCUGAGGAUAACUGGUGACCCUUUCAAAGUGCAGCAAGCGAGAGACCUGGUCCUGGAGAUCAUCAGAGAAAAAGACCAGGCUGACUUCAGGGGCAUCCGCAGUGAUUUCAGCUCAAGGAUUGGUGGGGGUAGUGUAGAGGUGUCUGUGCCCAGGUUUGCUGUGGGAAUCAUAAUAGGAAGAAAUGGCGAGAUGAUAAAAAAGAUCCAGAAUGAUGCUGGAGUGAGGAUUCAGUUCAAGCCAGAUGAUGGCAUCAGCCCUGAACGAGCGGCGCAGGUAAUGGGCCUCCCUGACCGGUGUCAGCAUGCUGCUCAUAUCAUCAAUGAACUUAUUCUGACAGCACAGGAACGUGACGGAUUUGGAGCUCUCGCCUUGGCACGGGGAAGGGGACGGAGUCGCGGUGAUUGGAACCUCAGUACGCCAGGAAGCAUGCAAGAGAUCACUUACACUGUGCCGGCCGACAAAUGCGGACUGGUGAUUGGCAAAGGCGGUGAAAAUAUCAAAAAUAUCAACCAGCAGUCAGGGGCUCAUGUGGAGCUACAGAGAAACCCCCCUCCCAACACGGACCCAGGCGUCAGGAUAUUUACCAUCCGGGGUGUCCCCCAACAGAUUGAGCUGGCCAGGCAUCUCAUUGAUGAGAAAGUUGGGGGUCCUACAAUAGGCGGCCCAAGCAGCUUUGGUCAGAGUGCUUUCAGUCAGGCACAUGCUACACCACAUCAAAAUGGUCCUCAAGCUUUUGUAACCCAGGGUUGGGGUAGCACUUACCAGGCAUGGCAGCAAACUGCACAGCAGCUCCAAGGUCAGCAAAGCCAGCAGCAAAAUGCACAGCCUGAUUACAGCAAGGCAUGGGAAGAGUAUUACAAGAAGCAGAACCAAGCUGCCAGCGCCACUUCCCAGGCAAGCUCACAACCAGACUAUACAAUGGCAUGGGCUGAGUAUUAUAGGCAACAGGCCGCUUAUUAUGGGCAGUCACUGGGGCAGACUCAAUCCCACAACCAGGAGCAGUAGAACAAUUGUCCAGUUGAUUGCAAGAAAAAAAAUAUAAAUUUUUUUUUUUUGGUGGUUUUUUUUUUUUUUUUUUUUUUUUUUUCUUCGUUCGUUUCCCUCGGAAUCACUUGCAGAAGAAGAACCUUCGUUUGUAACAGGUUUCUAGAUGUUUUUGAUGAAGACAUAUUAUGUUUAUAAAACACUAGUCCUAGGGUUUAAAUCUUUACUGAACUUUGCUAAGCAUCAGGAUUCUAUAAUAUACUAAAGAAAUCAUUGUACUCGCCGUCAAUUUUUAUUUCGGGAUUUGUUUUUCGUUUUUUUUUUUUUUCUUUUUGUAUUUUCUUUCCUACCCUUGAAAAAAAGUGUUAACAUGAAUUCUUUUUUGAAACUGAUUAAUUUAAAAAAGAAGAGAAAAAAAAAAAAGAAAAAAAAAAUAAUUCUUCACUUUGUUAACCCCCUGCUUCCCCCACGGUGCUGAUAUUGCAACAUAUUUGUCUCAAGUUUUUGUUUUUUUUUUCUUUUUGUGUAGCAUUUUUGUCUUCUCGGACAAUAUACCGUUUUUUGGAGGUCUUAUCACAAUGAUAAAAUUAAUUUAAAGAAUUAUUGUACACAAGCUCCUAAAGAAAAUUUUUUAAAUGUGUAUUUAAAUAUUCUUAACUGUAAAUUCAUUAAGUGUUUUACGUCUAAUUUUUUUUUUUUUUUUUUUUUCUGGUAUUAUGACUGUAUUUGAUUUUAUUGCAUAUUUUUUGUUUUGUUUUUUUUUUCUCAAAGGAAAUCCAUGUUAACAGUCCGCGUUACCUGUUUCAUACGGAUAUUUGAAACUAUUUCUUGAGACAAGUAUUGUGUUGGGUGGGGGCGGGGAUUCAAAAAAACGGGAAACGGGGAGCAGGGUGAUAUUUUGUAGGCUUUGUAUAAUACCUAGGGGUUUUGAAGGGUUAAUAUAAAAGAAAAAAAAAUUUGAUUGUUUACCCCUUCCCUGCCGGAGAGGAGGGGCCACCCGUUGCCGAGUGCAGCCAAUCCCCUCCCCUCUCUCCCCGGCGGGGCACAAGGGGGCGCAUUUUAUAAAGCGAUGUUUAUCAGUUUAUUCUGUUGCCUCUGUAUAUCGGACAUCCAAGCUAUAAUAACAGGGAAAAAAGAAAAAAAAAAAUUGACUUUUUUUUUUUUUUUUUUUGUGCCGUCAGAAAUAUAAAUACUAUUAUUUUUAAUAUGAAUAAAUCAAUCUUUAAUGCAAAAACACUGUGGAACAUUUAACAGUAUGAAGUUUAAAAAAAGAAAUCGUAAUAACUAUUUUUUAACUCCAGGGUUGUUUUUUGUUUUUGUUUUUUUUCUUUCGGUCUUUGUUUUAAAUAUUUUUCUUAUCUAAUUGUCAGAUUUACCAUAGAUGAUAAAUAAAAGACUAUUAUUAACCACAGUAUGUGCUAAAAAAAAAAAAAAAAAUUUUUUUUGAUUUAAUAAAGGGAAAUGAUUUUGAAUGUUUGUAGUUUUUUUUUUUUUUUUCCUUGUACAGAUGAGAAUUUUUUUUUUUUUUAAUGAAAAACGGAAUUCAAGCUAAUUUUUUGAGUGUUUUUAAAUUUAAUCCACGGGAACAUUCCGUUUUUUGGUUUGUUUUUUUUUUCUCCAUGUUUUGUUUUUCUUGGGGUGGGAGGGAAAAUUAUUACUUUUUAUUUUCUUCUAUGCCUAAAAAAUGUUUAACUAUUAAAAAAAAAAAUCACGAUUGGAUGAUAUUGAGUAUGUUACAGAGAGAUGUUAUUCAUCUGACAAUUGCAUUUUACACUCUAUAUAAUAAAAAUGCCACAAGACUGCUUGUGGAUCAAAAUCUC